AUGGCCUUCCCCCUCCCCCGGGGCAUCACGCCCCCGGAGAUCUCCUUCCUGGCCGAAAUGGAGCUGGUCACAAUCGUCCCUCGGCAGCGACUAGAGGGUCUCGAGCUGCUAGGCGGUCCCGUCCACCCCCUCAUCCCACCCCGCCGAACAAACAUCCCCCUCUGGCUCGCCCUCCUCCUCAAGCGCCAACGCCGCGCAAACAUCCUCCCCCCACCCUGGCUACACCCGGAAUCCCUCAGUCUAAUCCUCGACAUCGAGACCCGCGACCAAGCCUACCAGCACGCGUUCUCCCCGCCCCCACCAUUACCAGGCCAACCCAGUCUCCGCGAACGGAGCUACGCAAAGCCCACCGCGCGCCCGCGCUACACGCCCGAGGGCAGCAAGUACUACGCCACGCCGCCGUUCCUCCCGCAAAAUGUGGCGCAGGAUCAGGCUGAGGAGAACGAGCCGCCGACGCUGCCGUUUCAUUGGCUGGAGGUAGGGACGAUGUUGCUGGAUGUUGCGGGGGAUGAUCUUGUUGAUCCGGAUCAGACGAGGAGGUUAUUGAAGGAGUUGAGGGAGGUUCGGUCCGCGAAGAUUCGGUCUGGUGUUGAGGUGCUUGAUGAUGCGGCGGGGCCCGGGGGUGGUGUGGCACUUACUGGGGUGGGUGCUAUGGAGAUUGGAGAGGGGAGGGGGUUCAUUGGAGGAGUCGUUGAUGGGCUGAGACGAAUUGGAGCUUCGAAAGAGCAGGCUCGUCGGGAACAACUAGCGGAGUCUGCGACGAACGGUGGGUACGACGGCACGCAAGACUAUGACGACGAAAUGGAGUUCUGA